GCGGACGGGACGCGGUGGUUCGGUCGGCGUUCUCGUACGUUGUUGUGUCGCGCGUGCGCGCGUGCUCGCGUUGAUGUUUUAACCGGAGAAGAGGACGCGGUGGCGGCGGCUGUUGGCAGCGGUCUACCUCCGCCGCCGCCGCCGCCGCCGUCUUCCCCACCACGGCCGGCGGUCUACAAAGACGGAAUCGGUCCGGCAAAGCGGUUUCCCCCGCCGCCUCCGCGGCCGUUUGCCGGUCCACGUCGCGGUCCGUACCUGUUGUUCACUCCGUCCGUCAUCGCGACGCUGUACAGUUCGCGCGCGUGUCUCCGUCCCGCCGUCCGGUGCAGUCGUCCCCUCGAUUGUCCGCCCUUUCCUUGGCACCGUCCCGUCACCGGGUGCCCCUUGCGAUUCUACGCGACCCACUCGCCCCGCCGACCGCGGUCACCAUAAUCGUAGCGAUUUCUCCGCGCCGGCGACAAGUGCUCGGCCAUCGCCGCCCGACCAUCUGUCGCGGAAGACCAUGGAGAACUCGACCCGGUGACUCGCCGCCGCCGCCGCCGCCGCCAUGAACUCUGCGCAGAAUCGGGACGCCGUGAUCGCGGACGAUACUUUUCAAAUACAAGACUGGCUGCGGUCAAACGGCAACCAUGAUCGAGGCUAUCCGGAGUUUGAUUACCACCAUAGGAUCCGUCCUCUUUCACCAGUUAAGAGGUACCGGAUAUCCACCACCGACGGAAGGGUGCCGGAUCGCCGAAGGCAGCUCAAGUCUAUGGAGUCACUAUUAGGACUAAGCGAUGAAAACUUAAAUGGCAAACAUUUGAAUUCCGAGGCUGUAACCAGAGCGUCUCCAGAUGUGCAAGAUUCUUUAGAUAGAGCUUUAAUGGACUUUGAAGAAACUCUAGAAUUAGCAUUUCAGUCAAACUCCAUCGUUCCACCACCUAGAGGAUUUUCUAAUCAUAACUUCAUUGAAGGUGAUGAAUCGAAUUUCAAUAAGUUGGACAGUAGUUUUGAAAGUAGUGUAACUGGCAGUAGUGGUUAUUCUACAAAACCCGAUCAGUCCAUGCAUCGAUCCUUAAAUACUUACAAUGAACUCCAACUUAUCAGAGAACAAAUGAUAAAAAGCUUAGAGAUCAUCAAAGAUUUAGAAGAACAAGUGAAAUUAGUGCCUUUGCUCAAGGCACAAGUUUCGUCAUUGAAUAUUGAGAAACAGCAACUAUCAUCCGAAUUGGACAAACACAAAAAAAUGGAAAACAUAUAUAAAAACACAACAGGAACCGCCAGUGGCUGGUCCUCGUCAACGUUGAACAGGCGUGCCGCCACCGCCGCGUCGACCAAAGAGGUAGGCGUCAACUGCGUACCGGUGUGCCGGGACGUGGGAAUUAGGACGCAGGCCACGGCGUCGUCGGUGUCCGUGAGCACGUCCACCUCGACCGAGCGGACGUCCGCCGAAGGGUUGCGGGAGACUGCGUGCACGGAAAGGUGUCGCCGACCGCCGUCGGUGGCCGCGUACACCCAGACUGCAGCCGUCGGCAGUCCGGCCACCUCGGCGGCGUCC